AUGUCAGAUAUUCGACAUUCUCGCGCGUCUUCAAAGCGAAAGUCUCGCGAUGCUUCAGAUGAGCCCACUACGCGCAAAAAGCAGCAUCGUCAGGCCGAAGUCGAGUCCGACGAAGACGUCCAAUUCGAAGACCCUAGCAGUGAGGAGGAACUCGAUGUUGAUUCCACACGAUCUAAGAAAGCUUCCGGAACACGGAAAGAAAAAGAAUACCCCUCCGUCAAUGAGCUGAAGAAGCGGAUUCGGGAUGUGAAGCGACUCCUCGCCAAGGGAACAUUGCCAGCCGAUGCGCGCGUAUUACAAGAGCGUGCCCUUGCAGGUUACGAGCAAGACCUCGCGGAGGAAACAGCACGACGACAGCGGUCGCAUAUGAUCAAAAAAUAUCAUUUCGUCCGUUUUCUUGAGAAAGAUCGCCUUCAGCGCAAGAUCCAUGAAGCGCGUGUUAACCUCAACUAUACUAUCUACUGCCCACUGCCCGAAAAAUACAUUUCACUCUACCCAAAAAGAGAUGCGAAAACAGAUACGAAAACAGAUGGGGAUGCUUCGGAUCCCAAGCCAGAGUCCGAAGGCCCAAAACCUCCUUUGUGGUCCGUUGUGGAAAAAUGUAUGGAGGAAGGCACACUGGACGAUCUUAGAGAAGGCAGAAUGAAUAUAUCCGCCGACGGCAAACCCAUUCCAGUUCGCGAAAAGCCAUUACCCGUUGCGAACAAGCAGAAGUCGAAGAAAGAAGACGCCGACGGAAAGAAGUCUCGAAAGGACCUACAUGCCCACAAAAAUGCUCCAGCCAAGCGAGACAAGCAAGCCCGCAAAGACUAUGGCCGCGAAAGAGACCGUUUACAAGAUGUGGCUGUUGAGCCCGCGGAAGAUGACAGUGAUGGCGGAUUUUUCGAAGAGUGA